AUGAUUAAAGUUACUAUCUUUUUACUUCUUUCCAUUUCUUCUGUAUUUGCAAUUGAUGGAAGUGAAAUAUUGAAAGAAUUAGGAGAAAAGUACUAUCAAAUUGUUAAAGCAAAGUUUUCUUUAUCUCAGCAUGGGAUUUGUUGGCAAAAUGCUGUUAAAACAAUGAAAAUUAGCUGUGAUAAAUUAAAUGAUCAAGAACAUUCCCUUCUUGCUUUGAAGUUGACAAAUUGCUUUUUGGAAGACUCUGGACACAGAACUUACGAUUGUUACUCUAUCAAUUCAGAAAAUCAACGCAGUACUUGCAUUAAUAACAUGUCUGACAGGGCAUUCAGUGUAUAUAAUGAAUUUUAUAUACAUACUACACAUAUGUGCUUUUAUUUAAAUUAUGAAGCAUGGCAAACUGAAACUGACAAUACAAUCAAACAAUUAUAUCAAGUUUCUUCUCGUAUGAAAGAACAAUUGCUAGAGGCAUCAGAGAUGCAAGAGACUAUGCUUAGCAGUCAAAAACAAAGUUUACAAAUGCAAAAUAAACUUUUAAAUCAUGGAAAAGAGCUUGGUGAUGUUCUAAAAUCUUCUUCUGAAAAUGUUGAUAAUCUGGUUAAAGAUUUCAAGGAAUCAGCAAAAGAUCAAAAAGUAUUAUUGUUUCAAAUAUUUUCAUAUUUUCAUUCUUUUCAAAAUUGGAUUGUUGGAGAAGUUUCUUGGUUUCAGUCUAUUAUUUAUUAUGUAACCAGUUGUAUUCUGUGUGCUUUGUUUAGUUCUUGUAAAAAAACUGCAGAUGCUAGAAUCACUCUCUUCACAAUCUUAAGUUUAAAUGUAGUAGCAGAACGUAUGUUAGUUCAAUAUUAUGAUAAUAUGGAUCAUUCUAGUGACAGUAAGAACAAUUUAGUGAGGACAACAUGGAUGUACAGAAAAAUAGCACUUAUUUUUUGUGCUAUUACAUUAUUUUGUACUUAUUAUUAUUAUCGGGAUGAACAAGUGGAAAAUUAUAAUGCAUUAAAACGUAUUGAACAUCAGUUAAACAUCAUACAAGAAGGCACAUCUAUUUCUACUAUGCAUCCAGUUUAAACGUCCACGGAAGAAAGCCUGCGUUUCAUCAGGCAGUCCCUGAGGUCGGAGGAAAUGGACCACCUCGAAGGAAUCCAUUUCGAUGGAUUAUAUCCUCACGUAUUCAUCACACUCGGGGCUUCUGGCGACUUGGCGAAGAAAAAGAUCUAUCCAACGUUAUGGUGGUUGUUCAGGGACAAUCUUCUACCAAAGACUACCACGUUCUACGGUUACGCACGUACAAACAUGACCGUGAAUCAAUUACGAGAAAAAUGUCAUUCGUAUAUGAAGGUGAAGCCAGACGAAGAAGAGAAGUAUGAAGAGUUUUGGAAAUUGAAUCAUUACCUGUCUGGUGCGUAUGACACGCAAAAGGGGUUCCAAGUACUAGAUAACGAACUAAGGAAACACGAGCAAGGCUACCAAAUUACUCAUAGAUUGUUCUACUUGGCGUUACCGCCGACUGUCUUUGAAAGUACAACUGUACAUAUUAGGAACGUCUGUAUGGGAGAAAAGGGAUGGACCAGGGUAAUUAUAGAAAAACCAUUCGGCCGCGAUGCAGUCACAUCGCAGCAAUUGUCCGAUCAUCUGGCAUCGUUAUUCACGGAAGAUCAGAUUUACCGUAUCGACCAUUAUCUAGGCAAAGAGAUGGUUCAGAAUUUAAUGACUCUGCGGUUUGGUAAUCGAAUAUUCGGUCCGACUUGGAAUAGAGAUAAUGUAGCCUCGGUACAAAUUACGUUUAAAGAACCAUUUGGUACACAAGGAAGAGGCGGCUACUUUGACGAAUUUGGUAUCAUUAGAGAUGUCAUGCAGAAUCAUUUAUUACAAAUCUUGUCAUUGGUCGCGAUGGAGAAGCCCGCAUCUUGUCACCCGGAUGACAUACGAGACGAAAAGGUGAAAGUGCUGAAGUGCAUAAAGCCUUUGGAACGGGAGAAUGUUGUGUUAGGUCAGUAUGUUGGAAAUCCGGAAUCUAAUGAUCCUGAGGCACGCCUUGGCUAUUUGGAUGAUCCCACUGUGCCAAACGGUUCGAAUACUCCCACAUUCGCCCUUGCCGUAUUAAGAAUUAACAACGAACGAUGGGAUGGCGUUCCAUUUAUUCUCAGAUGCGGAAAAGCAUUAAACGAGCGGAAAGCAGAAGUUAGAAUACAAUAUCAGGACGUGCCCGGUGAUAUAUUCGAUGGAAAAGCAAAGAGGAAUGAAUUGGUAAUUAGAGUGCAACCCGGCGAAGCAUUAUACAUUAAGAUGAUGACGAAAUCUCCUGGUAUUACGUUCGAUAUGGAGGAAACGGAACUAGAUCUUACAUAUGGUUAUAGGUAUAAAAAUCUGAAACUUCCGGACGCAUACGAACGAUUAAUAUUGGAUGUAUUUUGUGGCUCGCAAAUGCAUUUUGUACGUAACGACGAACUUUCGGAAGCGUGGAGGAUUUUUACACCUUUGCUUCAUCAAAUAGAAAAUGAGAAGAUCAAACCAAUUCUGUACAAAUAUGGUUCACGAGGACCUAAGGAAGCCGAUGAAAUGGCAAAGAUUAAUAACUUUGCCUAUUACGGUUCGUAUAAGUGGGUAAAACCAUAAUUAAAAUUUUUCUAAUAUAAUAUUGUACAACGUAUAGAUAUAGUAUACAAAUUUAUGAAUCAAUGGAAAAAUUUAUGCCACAAUUCAUCAUUUGUGAUCGUAACAUUUUAUAUAUUUUAC